AUGGAUUACGAGCCGAUGCUGUUGGAUGGCGAGUCCGGAGGACCAUCGAUCAAGAUCUCAGGGGCUGAUAACAUCCACGUCAACUUUGAUCUCUCGAACUGCGACCUUUCCUUCGCCAACUCGCUGCGUCGCGUUAUCCAGGCUGAAGUCCCUGUGAUCGCCAUCGACCUCGUCGAAAUCGAGGCCAACACAUCUGUCCUCGCUGACGAGUUCAUUGCCCAUCGCCUGGGUCUGAUUCCCCUCCAGUCCAAGGACGUCAACAGCUUGCUUUACACCCGAGACUGCGACUGCGAGCAGUAUUGCGACAACUGCAGCGUAAAGCUUACGCUGCAUGCGCGAUGCUCAUCAGACGAGACCAUGAAAGUCUACGCCAGCGACCUCAUUGUCGACAGCUUCAGACAGAACGGCACCGUAGGAAACCCUGUAAUCCUCGACCCUGAAGGACAAGGCUCUUUGAUUGCGAAGCUGCGCAAAGGGCAGGAGCUUAAGGUAUCAUGCAUCGCGAAGAAGGGUAUUGCAAAGGAGCAUGCAAAAUGGAUGCCAACGUCUGCUGUUGGGUUUGAAUACGACCCUCACAACAAGCUUCACCAUCUGGACAUGUGGUUCGAAGAAGAUGCGAAGGCCGAAUGGCCCGAGAGCAAAUAUGCCAAGAUGGAGGACCCCCCACAAGAGGGCGAAGCUUUCGACUACGACGCAGUUCCCGGCAAGUUUUACUUUGAGGUCGAAGGCGUGGGCAGUCUGGAGCCGGAUCAGAUUAUCCAGGAAGGAAUCAAGAUCUUGCAGGAGAAGUUGGCCCUCACGCUCCACAUCCUCACAGGCGAGGCAGACGACGAUGGCAUGGGCGACUUUGAUGGACCUCGCAGUCCCAACUUGGAUAUGGACGGCGGCAACCCCUGGCAAGAUCAAGGCUAUACCACUCCUUUCAAUGGCGGCAACCAGACCGCGUGGGGAGGCAACGCAACGACACCCUACACCACAACGACACCUUACGGCGCCUCCGGACAGUCUGGAUGGAACUGA